AUGUGGUCACUACAGGUCUAUACGCGCAAAAAGCGGGCCAGCCAUAGGCUCAACCUAACCCCAACGCCAGAUGUAGGUGCCCCGGCUAAGGCGGAGGCCCCGUCAGGGCCCGGCCUGAAAAGGAGUGGCAAAACGCGCGGUUUGCAGAGAAUCACGGAGAAAUCAGAGCGAAGUCGGCUGGGAGGUAGCAGCUCUGGGCCACCGAGCACUCAGUUAAGAGGUACAGGAGAGAAAAGCCUGCAUGAAAAUAGCACUAGUGAAGAAGCCCAGGAUGAGAAGAUUGCUCCAUUGAGUGAGUCAGUGACAGAUGACCUCCAGGUUGAUAGUAGUUUAUCAAAUAGUGAACGAGUAUCAGGACUAAGUUUACAGCAUGAUAUUUCUAGCUCUCUUCUAAGUUACUCAAUCACAGACUCUUAUACAGAAUACAAGAGCUUUGAAGAGAGUUUAAGUAGCUUCCCAUCGCCUGAACUCUUCAGAGAAUCAGAUUAUUUAGAUUGGGAGUGUCCCAUGUUGGAAGAAAACAUGCCAUGUAAGAAUUCCACUCUUUUGGACACCACUAAAGCAGUACCAAUAGAGAAGGCACUACAGUUUUCAAACCUCUCUGCGAUUUUAGGUACCUCUUCAGAAGACUAUCAGAAAUGCCAUAGAAAAGUCAUGAUGAUGUUAGCAGACCCAAGUAUUUCUCCAAAACCAAAGAGUACUGCAAAUUCAGAAUCAGAUAAUGCAUCUUGUGGAGUUUUACUUGCUGAGAAAAAUUACCCUUCAACCCCUCAAAAAACAAAGAAAAAAAACACACAUUCCAGUACUUCUGAUAAGAAAAGCAGAGGCCUGUUAACAAGUACUCCAUCUUCACAAACAGCUAGUUUAAUGAUUGAUUUGUCCUCAGUGCAAAAAACAUCUUUUGAAGAACUGUUUCCAAAUGUCAGCAAUUAUGUUAAUUCAAAGGAAAUUGUUCCUGUGUCAACUUUGCAAGAAAAUUCUUCAAAUGAGUUUCCUUCAGAUACAUCAGAAAUAUGUUGUAUUAUUAAAGCAUCACCAGGAACUAGACAAGUGGAAAGUAAAGCUGUUAUUGUAAGGAAGAAGAAAUAUUCUCUUCCUAAAGAUACUCCUCAAGGCAGAAUGUCUAAUUACUCAAUGGAGCUUGGGCACCUUCGAAAGAAAAAAAUUGGUGAAAGUAAACCACUAGAGGAGUCCAAAAGAGAUGUGGUAGAGAAGGUGAUGUGGAUUAGUGAUGAGGUAGACCUCACAGUCUUCUCUAUAGGUGAUAAGUUAGAAGUGGAGCAAAGCACUCUAGGAGCCCAGGAGAGGAUGCUUUUAACUUUGAAGUGUCAGAGAAGACUUCCAAGCUAUCAGUACAUUUUGGAAAAUCAGACAAAACCUGUAGCUAUCCUUAUACUCUUCCAAGGGGCUAAUUCCCGGUGUGUCAGGGUUCGAGGCGCAAGUGGGAAACACCGAGGGCCGCUGCCCUCAGUGCCUGGCCGAGGCCGUCUCUGCCGGGAGGCAUGGCUGCGGGGAGUGUCCUGGCAGAUCCUCCACCAGACCCGUGAGCCAGCCCCGCUCAGUCAAGCUCUGAGCCCAAACCUCUCGCGGCCCAGCGUGGGCGGGCCUGUGGUCCGGGGCUUGAAGUCCAGCCCGUGCCGCGGCCCCACGGGUACGCUCGCGCACCUGGUCUGCUCCAGGGGCCGCCGGACUCCGUCAGGCGCGGACGGAGGCGCGAAGCCGCAGAGACUGAGGGGGGGACGGCGGGGGAGGGGCGACUGCCAGUGGGGCCCCGAACUUCUCUCUUUGUCGUGGGUGCGGGAAGCGGUAGGUUUCUACACUCCAAAGUCCCUGGCGUCGUCCCCGCGGCACCCUGCUGUAGCCUAA